UUGGACUCAUCAGCCUUGUCUCCGGCCACUAGUCUUAUUUUGAAAGUCAACAACUUGCGUCAGUCAAGGAUUCGUGACUCAGCAAAUCACGAGGAUGAGUCAGAUUUCAAACAAAGAUCUUUGGUGAUUGACACCAUUCAGCUCUGCUCACUGCCCAGACAGCCACACCAACAAUCAUUGGAAGACAACACAACAAGAUACUGUCCAUCCUUGACCAUGAGAGCAGCGGCAGUAGUAUCUAGAGUCUCCUCAUUGGCAAUCCUCCUGGUAUCUGCCGUGAGCUGGUCUACCUACUGCCAGGCAUUUACAUCCAUUCCGAGGGUAUCUACCACAGAGCAACUGAGGGUAGCCUCUGCCACCGGUACUCCUACUAGUAGACUAUCAGCAUGUGGUACUCCCCACCAAGAGGGUGAUAUUCAUUCACUUUCGCGAAGAUCCCUCUUCUUGACAGCGGCACUAUCAUCCUCCCUCUUUGUCCCCACCCCGGCCGUCGCGGCGGGACGUGUCCCUCUGGAAGAAAGCUUGUAUUACAUUUUGAGGGUGCGAGAAGCCACACAACAAGAAUCCCGUCUCAUCAAAUCGGGAAAGUUUCGAGAUGUUCAACGAGCCAAUGUCAAGUUGGCCGUCAAAUUCAUGAUUGAAAAUUACAGGUUGGGAGAUUCCUUUGUGGCAGCAUCGUCCUAUCUCGAUGGCAAUGAUCGACGAGUGGCUGCCGUUAAUGUCGGACAAAGUGCCGUACAAGAUCUCUACACCAUUCUCGAAUAUUUUGAUGCAUCCGAUGUACAGAAUUUAAAGAUUGGAAGUUCCAGCCUGUCUUCCGAUAAGGAAUCUGUUGUACUGAAGGGUCUAGAAGCCACCAGAAAAACUAUUGAUGAUUUCCUAGCCUACUUUCCACAGGAUACUGUCAACACUGUCAAGCGAAGGGUAACAGAAGAAAAUGACCUCAACUUUAAAGAGUUUGAUCGCAGUCUGGGAGAUAUUGUCAAUCCUAAUCCAGCACAGCAGCAGUAGUGGCUUGAUGAAUUGAAAUCAUUGCUGUGUAUUCUAUAGUAGUUGAUAGAAUCUGGCAUGUUCAUCUUGUGUACCAGUAUCGACUAUUGAAGUCUAGCUAAGGCAAAGAAGAAGGCUGAGAACUUCAGAGGAUCUCAACAAGCUGUAUGAUGAGGGCAUCAGAAGCGAUUCAGCACUAACUCGGUAACUUGUCCAGCCACCACUGUUAUAGAUUUUAGUGUUGUUGGUCUAGGUAGCCCUACUUGUCAAGUUUGCUUUUGCCCGGAUCAUAGCACCAGUCAGAGCAUAGGCUGGUG